ACGAACUCCCAAGGCACCGCUGGUCCCGAUGCCUCUGAUUGAGACCCCCUUUGAACGUGUGGCCAUGGACCUGGUGGGGCCUCUCCCUAAGAGCAGCGCAGGGUUCCAAUACAUUUUGGUGAUAAUGGACUAUGCUACCAGGUUCCCCGAAGCAAUCCCUCUCCGGACCAUCACAGCCCGCACCGUCGCAGCUGAGCUGGUGAAGGUCUUCGCCCGUGUCGGCCUGCCCCGGGAGAUCCUCACGGAUCAGGGGACCAACUUUACGUCACGGCUGCUCCAGCAGGUGUGCGAACUCUUGGGGAUAAAGCAACUCCAGACGUCCAUUUACCAUCCCCAGACAGAUGGGCUGGUUGAAAGAUUCAAUCGGACGCUGAAAGAGAUGUUGUGUAGGUUCCCCCAGGAGGACCUUCGCCGAUGGGACCAGCUCCUUCCACCCCUGCUCCUGGCGGUGCGGGAAGUCCCCCAGUCUUCAACCAAGUUCUCACCCUUUGAGUUGCUGUACGGUCGGCAACCUCGGGGCCUGCUGGAUCUCAUGAGGGAAACCUGGGAGCAAGCCCCAUCGCCGGCCCAGGGCCUCUUAAAGUAUGUACUCCAGCUUCAGGAGCACCUUAAGCAGGCGGGGGCCCUGGCGCAGGAGAACUUGAAAGCCACCCAGGACACGCAGGCCCAGACUUAUAACCGGGACGCCCAGACUCGGGACUUUCAACCCGGAGACCGGGUAUUACUCCUCCUUCCCUCCAGUGAAUCGAAGAUCCUGGCCCGGUGGCAAGGGCCAUAUGAGGUGGUUCGGAAGGUGGGCCCGGUUAACUAUGAAAUCAAUCAGCCAGACCGGAAAAAGAAGACCCAACGGUACCAUGUCAACCUCCUCAAGCCCUGGCGGGAACGUGAAAGUCUCCUGAUCAACCCCUACCCGCCAGAACCUGAGCUAGGACCCCAGGUAGCCCAUACCGAGGACCCCGGGGAACCCCAGCUCGGGGAGACCCUAACAGACGACCAACUCAAGCAGACCCGGUGCCUCUUGCAAGCCUUUUCCUGCACCUUUACGGGCCAACCGGGAUACACCACCCUGGUAUACCAUAGGAUCCAGAUGGAGCCUGGGGUGGUGAUCCGGGGCGCGACCAGGCCCUUGCCGUAUCACAGGAGGCAGGUCGUUGAGGAGGUGGUACGAGCUAUGCUGGAUCUAGGGGUGAUUGAACCAUCGCAAAGUGAGUGGCGCAGCCCUGUAGUGCUGGUACCGAAGCCCGACGGCUCACAGAGAUUCUGUAUCGACUUUAGGCACGUUAAUGCUAUCUCCAAGUUCGAUGCCUAUCCCAUGCCUCGGAUAGAUGAGCUGUUGGCCCGCUUAGGGGAGGCCCGAUAUAUCACCACCCUUGAUCUAAGCAAAGGGUACUGGCAGAUCCCCCUGGAACCAGCCUCCAGGGAGAAGACUGCGUUCGCCACACCCACGGGCCUAUACCAGUUUACCCGGAUGCCCUUCGGCCUCCAUGGGGCUCCGGCCACCUUUCAGCGCCUAAUGGACCGCCUCCUCCAGCCACAUCAGGACUACGCGGCCGCCUAUCUAGAUGACGUGGUCAUUUACAGUCCUCGGUGGGAGAACCACCUAGAAAGGGUCGCAGCGGUCCUGAGGUCCCUGCGGAAGGCCGGGUUAACAGCCAACCCUAAGAAAUGUCGCAUCGGCUGACAAGAGACCACGUACCUGGGGUAUACUAUCAGGCAUGGAAGGUAAAACCUCUUGUCGGCAAGGUCCAGGCCAUCGCAACCUGCCCC